AUGGCUUCGUCAACCGGCAAACGCAUCGUCUUCACCGGCGGCUCAGGCAAAGCAGGAAGAUGGUGCAUUCCCUAUCUCCUCGAAAAGGGCCACCAAGUCCUCAAUCUCGAUCUCAUUGAUUUCCCCAAAGACCACCUGCCCGAAGGCAAAUCAGUGUACACCAUGAAAACAGAUCUCACCGAUGCCGGACAGACCUUCAAUGCGCUCUCGUCCUUGUUCAGCAUGGAAGAAUACGGCCUCGCGAAACACCCCGGCCCGCCAGACGCCGUCAUCCACUUCGCGGCCUACGCCCGCAACAUGAUCGUGCCGGACAGCGAGACCUACCGCGGGAAUGUGAUGAGCACGUACAACGUCAUCGAAGCCGCCAGCAAGCUGGGCGUCAAGAAAAUCGUCAUCGCCUCCUCGGAAACGACCUACGGUGUGUGCUUCACGCAGGGAGACUCGGACUACGAUUCCUUCCCGCUCGAUGAGGACACGUACGACCGCAACCCGAUGGAUACCUACGCGUGCAGCAAGCUCACCGGGGAGCGCAUCGGACGCUCCUUCGCCCGCCGGUUUGGCACGGAUAUCUAUGCGUUGAUCAUUGGGAAUGUGAUUGAGCCGCAUGAGUAUGAGCGGGAUUUCCCGCAGCAUGUAGGGAAGCCGGAGACGAGGAAGAGGAAUGCGUGGAGCUAUAUUGAUGCAAGGGACUUGGGGCAGAUUUGUGACUUGUGUGUCAAGAAGGAUGGGUUGGGGUUUCAGGUGUUUAAUGCUACUAAUGAUACGGCGAGUUUGAGCGUGCCGACGAAAGAGUAUUUGCAAAAGGAGUAUCCUGAUAUCAAGAUCACCAGGGAAUUGGGUGAAUGGGAGGCGCCGCUGAGUAAUAAGAAGAUUAGGGAUGUGUUGGGGUACAAGGACGUGCAUGAUUGGAGAAAGUAUUAUAAGCAUGAGGGUGACAAGCGGAAGUGA